AUGCUCCGACAUAAGGCCAGUGUCGUCAGCACCAUACUUUUGACCCUCCUGGGCAUUCAGGGGUCGAUCGCCCGACCCAUUCAAGGUCUUGACCGAGCCCAUAUCCAAGAAGAAUACGACUUUAUCAUUGCUGGAGGCGGCACUGCCGGGCUGGUUGUGGCAAACCGUCUCACCGAGUCUGGCAAGUUCCGGGUUCUGGUCUUGGAAGCCGGACCUGAUCCGAAUGUUGUUGCGGCUUAUAAGCCCUUGGGGGGCAACCAGUUGCUUGCUGGUACUGCCAUCGACUGGCGAUUUGAGACAACACCGCAAGAGCAUCUGGAUGGCCGUGUCCUGACCUAUCUCCGCGGCCGAGGUCUCGGCGGCAGCAGCAUGAUCAACGGCUUUUACUACGGCCGCGGCACCUCCACCGUCUACGACAGAUGGGAGGAGCUCGGAAACCCAGGCUGGAGCUGGGAGAACGUCUGGCCGCUAUUCGUCAAGGGCACCCACUUCAACCCCCAAGACCCAAGUAAAGCCUUUGACAAUACGUACAAGACAUGGGACCCUAAAGGCUACAGCGACGGGCCUCUCGAGAUCGCAUAUCAGGGUUACGUUCCUGCCACAGCCAUAGGUUUUAUGCACGCCUGCGAAGCGGCCAACGUCCCAGUGAUACACGAUCACAACAUGGGUAACAGCACGGGAAUCAAGCAGGGCACCGCCACGCUGGAUGCGAACCUUCUCCGCAGCUCGAGCUACGACGGCUACCUUAAGAAGGCUAGUCACAGGGAGAAUCUCGAUGUUCUGUACUAUGCUCCUGUUAUGCAACUCCUUACCGACAGCGAGGGAGAGACGCCCCGCGUCAGGGGGGUACAGUUUAUGGACCACCCUACGGGAAGGAUGUAUCAGGUUCACGCUGCUAAAGAGGUUGUCGUGAGUUUGGGGGCGUUUCAGUCACCUCAACUUCUGAUGGUUUCGGGGUACGGACCGAAAGACACGUUGGAAUACUACGGCAUUGAGCCGAUCGUUGUGAAUGAAAACAUCGGACAGCAGCAAGAACCCCCACCUUCUCUGCCAUCAUCCAUGCUUAUAAUAAGACGGCAUAACCUAGACGAUCACAGCGUGUUCAGUAUCAUGGCCAAGGUCGAUGACGAACACUCCACGAGCCAAUACUCGGUGCAGUUUGACCUUCUUGCCGAGGCACAGGAAGAAUUCUACUCCAACGGCACUGGAGUAUACACCGCGCCGUCGGGCAUCACCAAUGGGUUCCAGAAAUUGUCCGAGCAAGAACUCAUCGACAUCGGGGCGGAGGGUGUGCUGGAAGCUGGCCUUUCCGACCAGUCCCACAUCGAGUACCUUUACGAGUCGGUCUGGUAUCCCGGCGGCCCGACGCCAUACUACACGCCUCUGGCGAACGAGUCGUAUAUUUCCCUGACGGCGAGCAGUAUGGUGGCACUCUCGCGGGGCAAUGUGACGAUUCGAGGAAGCUCCAUGGCCCAGGCGCCAGUUAUCAACCCGAAUUACUACGCAAACGAGACCGACCGCGCAAUCGCCAUCCAAGCGUUCAAGUACCUCCGCAAGAUCCUCGCGCAUCCGGAACUCGACAAGUUCACGAACGGCCCCCACCACGGCGAGGUGAGCCCCGGUCCGGCGGUCAGCGAUGACGAUGAGGACGCUAUAUUCGAGUAUAUCAAGGCCAAUACCAUUCCCAACUGGCAUGCGUCUGCCACGAACCGGAUGUUGCCGCUCGAGGACGGCGGGGUUGUGGAUCCCCGCUUGAGGGUGUACGGGGUGGGCGGACUGCGGGUUGUCGACUGUAGUAUUAUUCCCGUGCUUCCCGAUGUGAAUAUCGUUGGUCCUGUUUUCAUGAUUGGGGAGAAGGGGGCCGAGAUGAUUCGGCAGGAUUGGGGUGAUGUUUAG